AUGGCUACCGGCAGCCUCGAAAAGACCCCGAGCAUCACCCAGCAGGCCACUGCCGUCGCCAGCGGGUCUGCCACGCCCGUCUCGCCUUCAAGCAGCGACGAUGUCGACGAGGCGGACAAGAUGCUCGAGGCCAUGGGAUACACGCCGGUGUUCAAGCGCGAGUUCUCCAGCUGGUCGAGCUUCAGCUUCGCCAUGAGCAUCUCGGGCGUGUACGGGUCGCUCAUGUCGACGUGGAUCUACGGCUUGCAGGCGGGCGGAGCGGCCGCAAUCAUGUGGUCCUGGGUGCUCGGCGGCGCUGGAGCGCUAGCCCUUGCCCUGAGCCUGGCCGAACUCUCGUCGGCCUACCCCAGCUCGGGCGCCAUGUACUUUACCCUCAAGUUUCUCGCGCCCGACGAGUACGUGCCAGUGCUGUGCUGGAUCUCUGGCUACAUCAACUUGGUGGGCACCAUCACGGGCAGCGCGGCGACCGAAUACGCGUCGAGCCAGAUGCUGCUGGCAGCCGUGUCGAUCGCGUCGGAUUUUGCCUACACGCCGACGACGCACCAUGUCGUGGCCGUCAUGGCGCUGCUGGCGGUCGCGCACGCCUCGGUCAACUCGCUGCCAACCGUCUGGCUCAACCGCCUCGCCAGCGGCUACGUCGUGUUCCACGUCAGCGUCCUCGUCGGCGCCUGCGCCACUCUGUUGGCCCAGCAGCGCGCCGGCCGCCACGACGUCGCCUACGCUUUCACCGAUUUCCAGCCCUCGUCCGGCUGGAGCCCGCCCGGCUUCGCCUUUUUGUUUGGCUGUCUGACCCCGGCGUGGAUCAUGACGAGUGCCGACAGCACGGCACGCAUCGCCGAGGAGGCGAAGGACCCGGCGCGGAUUGUGCCCAAGGCCAUCGCCAACGCGACUACCUUUACAUACGUCGUCGGUUUUCUGUUCAACCUCGUUCUGGUCCUAUGCAUGGGUGACCCGCUGGACCUGAUCAACAGCCCGAGCGGCCAGCCGGUUGCGCAGCUCUUCUUUAACGCCAUGGGCCGCGUGCCCGCCAUCUUCUUUACGCUGAGCGGCUUUGUGGUUAUGAAUCUUGUGGCUAUCCCGGGGCUGCAAUCCGGCAGCCGCACCAUCUUCGCCUUUGCGCGCGACGACCUGCUCCCGCUGUCACACAUCUGGCGGCGCAUCUCGCCGCGGUCAGGCACGCCGAUCGCGGCCGUGUGGCUGUACGCGGCGCUUGAGAUUACCGUCAACCUGCUGGGCUUGGCCGGCGACACGGCCAUCGGCGCCGUCUUCAACGUGUGCACUGUCGCACUCAAUCUGUCGUACGCCAUCCCGCUCGUCUGCAAGCUGCGCUACGGCCGCUUCGAGCGCGGGCCCUGGCACCUCAGCCGCCGCACCAGCGUCGUGCUUAACGUCGUCGCCGUCGCGUGGAACGCCUUCAUGGCUGUUAUCUUCUUCCUCCCGACGCGGCUGCCGGUGACGGCCGAGAAUAUGAACUACGCCCUAGUCGUCUUCUUCGUCGUCGUCGUCUUCUCAGUCGGCUUCUGGUUCACCCACGGCCGCCACUUCUACACGGGCCCGCGCACCACGAUUCAGCCGCAGAGAGGCUACGGUGUGGCCAUGAUUAGAGAGGCUUGA